AUGGCGUCGGUGUUAGUCACAGCGAUUGUGAUAGCGGGUAUGCUUACCUUUGGUACCUGCACUGUUGUCUUCCAGAAGUUGAUUUUCUCGAUAGAGGGUGAAGGUCUUGCGGGUGAUGUUCACGCCUUUGAGAAGCCAUGGUUCCAGACUGAGAUGAUGUUUGUAGGGAUGUUUGGGUGUUUGUUUGUGUUUGAAGGAAAACACUUGUUCAUGCACUUCUGGAGAAAGAAACAUCCAAUCGUUGAAGACGCAAAAGAGAGUGCUGAGAGUGGAAAGCCAACUAACAAACAAAGUCCAAUCUACACUUAUUUGAUUGUUGCAAUUCCAGCAUGUUGCGAUUUGUUGGCAACUGCACUCAGUAACGUUGGAUUGCUUUGGAUUCCAGCUUCAAUUUGGCAAAUGUUGAGAGGGUCUAUGACCAUCUUCUCUGCCAUCUUCACAAAAGUCUUCUUGAGAAGACAAGUACGUGCGUAUCAGUGGGUUGGUGUUGCAUUUGUCGCAUUUGCACUUGUGGUUGUUGCAUUCUCGUGCUUGAUGGCGCCCGUCAAAGACCCAAUUGUUGUAGAAGAUGUGUAUGGUGAUGCCAGUGAAAAGGGAUCUGUCGAGACAUACUUGAUGGUCAUUGGUAUUUGCCUUGUUAUUGUCGCUCAAGUCAUCCAAGCGUCACAAAUUGUCAUCGAAGAGUUCUUGUUGAAGAAUGCUGCUGUUGAUCCAAUUCUUAUUGUUGGGUUGGAAGGGAUGUGGGGUGGACUCAUCUGUUCAGGAAUCUGCUUGAUGCUUGUUCAAUACGCAAUCCCACCAAGUGCUGGGUCUGGUGUCUACGAGUCGACCACCGACACGUUCUACAUGUUGGUGAAAUCGCCACAGAUUCUUGGGUUGUGCAUAGUCUACUCAAUUGUCAUUUUGGCAUACAACUUGUUUGGUAUGUUUGUCACACUUGUCUCAUCUGCUGUCAUCCGUACUAUUCUCGAGGGGUUGAGAACUGCUUGCAUUUGGAUUGUUCAGCUCAUCAUUGGCUGCUUUGUCGACGACACAUCGCCUCUUGGAGAGUCAUGGAACGACUGGUCUUACUUGCAAUUGGCUGGGUUCUUCUUCUUGCUCGAAGGUCUCUUCUUAUACAACGGCUACUUGCGUAUCGCCGCUCCAUUCUUCGAUUAUUCUAACCUUGACGCUGCUAAAACUCCAGCCACUCCAAAAGAGAAGGAGUCAUUGCUCGACCACGAUGAAGAAUCUAAGAAAUGA